AUGCAAAAGGAUAAGAAAAGUGAUCAGAAGGAUAAGAAAAGUGAACAUAUGGAUAACAAAAGUGGUCAGAAGGAUAAGAAAACUGAACAAAUGGAUAACAAAAGUGAUCAGAAGGAUAACAAGCCAAUGUUUAAUUACCUAUAUGUUUUGAUACCAUCAGUCAUUGGUCUCGUCGUUGUAGGCGUUGGCUUCAUCGUGUGGUUCUGGUUAUCUAAAAGACAAUAG